AUAGAUGAAUUAAUUUUCAAAAUGGCGAUUAACGUGUCUCGAUAGGAUGAGACGUAGUGAAAGCAUUGUAGGAAAAAUUAAUUCAAUAUUUUUUGUUUUUUUAACUUUACCUGGUGACGUGGUCAUUUAAAGUGCUUAUGCAAAAUUAAUUUAUUGUUAAUUUAUCAAAAAAAAUUAAUCAUUAUUUUACAUAUAAAAAAAUAUUAACAAACAUUAAGUUUAUAAUUUAAUUGACAUAAUUUAAUUAAAUAAAUAAUAAUGCAAGAAAUUGCACUUGCUGCUUUUUCUUUUGUCUCCAGUCUUGUUAUUGUGAUUGUCCUCGUCUUGCUGGGAUGGUUUUUAGUUUGGAAAUUUUUCUUGUCGAGAUUUAGAUUUGUUCGUGAACUUCUUGGUGGCAUGAGCGAAUCAUCAUCAGUUAAUGAUUUAAAAAACGGUAGAUCAAAAAUUAAAAAAAUAAGAAAAGAUUAAAAAUUCAUAUAUUUAAUCUAUCAUUAUAAUUAAAUAAGAUAAUUUAUCAUUUUGUUGAAUAAAUUUCGAUAUAAAAAUGGCGAUAAAUAUACGUUGUGCAACAACAAAUGAUUUAUUAAACAUUCAACAUUGUAAUCUUCAAUGUUUGCCUGAAAAUUAUCAAAUGAAAUAUUAUCUUUAUCAUGCAUUAUCAUGGCCACAAUUAAGUUAUGUUGCUGAAGAUGAAAAAGGUAGAAUUGUUGGAUAUGUUUUGGCUAAAAUGGAAGAAGAUUGUGAAGAAAAUCCACAUGGACAUAUAACAAGUCUUGCUGUUAAACGUUCACAUCGUAGACUUGGUAUUGCACAAAAAUUAAUGAAUCAAGCAUCAAGAGCAAUGGUACAAUGUUUUGAAGCAAAUUAUGUAUCAUUACAUGUACGUCGUAGUAAUCGUGCUGCAUUAAAUUUAUAUACAAGUAGUUUAGGUUUUGAAGUAUCUGAAAUUGAACCAAAAUAUUAUGCUGAUGGUGAAGAUGCAUAUGCUAUGAAACGUGAUCUAGGUAAUUUUCUUAAAGAAAGAAAACCAGUUAAAAAAAGUAUAACAAGUGAUGCUAAUACAUCACAACAUACACAUACUGGAAGAUGUUGUGAUCAUUCUUAAAUUUAAUCACAACAAAAAGUAAAUUUAUCAAUUAAAAUUGACAACAAUAAUAGUCCCACAACAACAGUCUCUAUUUUUUUUUUUUUUUUUAAAUCCAAAUAAUUAUUUUGUCAUGUGAAAUUAAAUUUCCUGAUGUUAAACACACACUUUAUCAUGUAAAAAAAAUAAAUAAAUAAUAAUAAUCCAAAAGAAUCAUAAAAAUAAAAAUGUUUUUAGAAAUGAAAACAGAAAAACAAAUAAAU